CGCUUUGUACCGAAGUCUCAGAUGUCACGCUUCUGCCACUUGCUUCAGACCAAAGAGCGACCCGAACAAAUUUCAACGCAAAUGAACCUUUUUGGGGAUCGACAACUUGUGAGAAGGUCCGGAGUAAAUAUUCAGGCUGAAGAAGCCCUCCAGAAUAAAGUGGUUGCGUUGUAUUUCUCGGCGCGAUGGUGUCCGCCUUGCAAUCAGUUUACACCAGUUCUAGCUGAAUUUUACAACGAGCUCAGAGAGAACGACCUGCCCUUCGAGAUUGUCUUUGUUUCGUCCGAUAAAACGGCGUCAGAUAUGGAUAAAUACCUGAAAAAGUGUCAUGGCGACUGGUUAGCUGUUCCAUUUGGAAGCGAAAUGAUCCAAGAGCUCAAGAAUCGCUACCAUGUCACGGCAAUUCCUAAGUUGAUAGUUGUGACAGAUGAAGGAGAUGUCGUGACAGCUAUGGGAAGGAAAGAAGUGACUGAGAAUGGACCCAAGUGCUUUACUCACUGGGCGCACGCUGUUGCCACAGCAAGGGAAGAAGUUGCUACAACUGUGACAAAAGCGAGUGGUCGCUUUACCGCCGGCUUUGAAUAAAUUAAAGAAAUAAUUGAAUGAUGAAAAUUGUCCAGUUACCCAGAGAUGUUGUGUCUGGAACCUGUACGUUAGCUUAUCGUUUAAGACCCCCAUUACAAUGAUAAUGUCCCAAAUAGACUCGAGUACGAGUCUUACUCAAACGAACACAAAAAAGUACUAGUUAUCCAUUUUUUUGCUUAGAGUGAAGUCACAGCCCACAUCAUCUACUCGAUUAAAGUUUCUCUGAUUAUUAAAGUAUUAUUUCAAACGAUA